GGGCAGCCCUGCUGCAACGGCAGCUCCAGCUCGGAGCGGCUGCCCUGACCGCUCCCCCCACUCCUCCAGCUGGCCCCAGGCCACCCUCACACAGGAACUGAGAUAGCAUCAUUCUGAAACCCGAGAAUGGUUUGACUAUUGCUCAGGUACCAAGAGGUGUUACAUUGGGGGAGGCAGGGGCCUGUUACUUCUCCCAUGCCCCCUCCAAGACCCCCUUUAGGGUACACUUCAUUUAUUAUUUACACCUCCUUUGCUUGUCAGUACAACCCACAUGUUCCUGUUGAGUCUGUGGCCCAGCGGAGAAAACUGGCUGUCCGUGGGGUCCUCCUGGAACCCCACCCUGUCUGGUUCCCUCCCUCAGCCUCUCCUUCUUGUCACGAGUGUUGUGAGAGAAGCCUCCUGCCCUCUUUGCACCCCACUAGCAACGGCUUCCCUGCAGCCUCCCUUCUCCACAGUGGGUCCUCGCCUGCCUCCCUGGGGCUCAGCUCAGCUGCCAUCCCCCUUGUGCUUCACUCCUUCUGUCUCUGUGGGGUGAGGCCCUCUCUCUGUCUGCUCCCACUUACUCCCCAGUCCUGUCCUCCCAGCACUACCCAGAGUAGGUGAAUCAGAGUCAGCUGGAGCCUUUGAGGGGGGACUUUCAGUGACAGCGAUGCUGCCAGCCCGAAUCAUAGCUGUGGCCUGAGGUCAGGACUGAGUGGGCCCUGGGGCCACUGGAGCAGAAAGACCAUUCUGGACAACCCCCUGUCUCCAUAGCAGCUUUCCACCCUCCCAAGCCUUUGGCUUCCAGGAGAAGCAGCCAAAAGCCAGGUUAUCUGGGAGGGCUUCCUAGAGGAGGAGUGAUUAGAGAGGGGAAGAGGAAUGGGGCUGGGCGGGGCGAGGAGGAAAAGGUUCACAUCUGGAUAACAGAUGCUCAGGCCUCUGGCUGCUGGCAGUUGGUUAGGUAAUUAGGCAGAGGGCUAAUUAAGGAGGUCCAGGUGUUCAUUAAAAUUUCCCUAAUUGUCUAGCAGGGAAGCUUGGACAAUGUAGGCCUCCAUACCUUGGAUAGGGUCAGUUUAGGGUUCAUCGUGCCCACCCAGGCCCCAGCCAGCCCUUUUACCAAAGUAAAGGCUGAGUUCUUGUUCUUGCCCCCAAGCCUUCCAAGACUCUGCAGUAAUGUAGAACGGCUGGAUAGCAGAAGGGGAAAGAGGGGAGUACAGACUGAGCCUGCUUUCUCUGGGACGGCUCCUGGUUAGGAAGAAGGACUGCCCAAGGUAGGGGCAGCUUCUCCUUGGGCAGUGUUGGCACAGAGGUAGGAGUAGCGGUGGGGAAGGGGCCAGGGGAGCCUGGAGUUAUAGAAAGUGCUUUGGGCUACCUUGGCAGGGACUGGGGGUAGGUGAGGCCUGGCCCUUUUAACCCUGACCUUCCUCUGUCAGCGGAGGCUCAGUGGGUCUCUGUGCCUUCCCUGUCUUCUCAGUCCUGAUCCCUCUUGCAUCCCAGCUCCCCCAGCAUGAGGCGGGGGUGGGGGGGGGCGGUGUAGGAGAUCAGCCAGAGAGCUGGUUGCCAGGCGACAGUUGCCUAAGCAACCCCAUCCUCUCCAUCUCCAUGUGCUCAGGGCUGCUCCUUAGAAGACUUCAGAGUCUCACCCUCUGUACCCACCAACCUGAGGGGCAUGCAUGAAGGUGGACAGUAGAAGGUCCAGGGCCCAUGGAGCACCCUGAGGGCGGAACUUCGGCAUCUGCUGUGGAACCCAGUGGAGCACAGAGGCUGUGCAGAAGGUGUCCUGCAGACCAUGAACUGAGCGCUGGUCCAAGACUGUUCAUGAGCACAGUGUAAGGUGUGCCGAGAUCCGCCACCCAGCAAUCCCCUCCCUUUCCUGGCACUGAGGAUCCCCAGAAAAGAUGGGGAGGAAAAAGAUUCAGAUCCAGCGAAUCACCGAUGAGCGGAACCGACAGGUGACAUUCACCAAGCGGAAGUUCGGGCUGAUGAAGAAGGCAUACGAGCUGAGCGUGCUCUGUGACUGCGAGAUUGCGCUCAUCAUCUUCAACCACUCCAACAAGCUGUUCCAGUACGCCAGCACGGACAUGGACAAGGUGCUGCUCAAGUACACGGAGUACAACGAGCCGCAUGAGAGCCGCACCAACGCCGACAUCAUCGAGACCCUGAGGAAGAAGGGCUUCAACGGCUGCGACAGCCCGGAGCCCGACGGGGAGGACUCGCUGGAACAGAGCCCCCUGCUGGAGGACAAGUACCGGCGCGCCAGCGAGGAGCUGGACGGGCUCUUCCGGCGCUAUGGGUCAGCUGUCCCGGCCCCCAACUUUGCCAUGCCCGUCACGGUGCCCGUGUCCAAUCAGAGCUCCCUGCAGUUCAGCAACCCCAGCGGCUCCCUGGUCACCCCUUCCCUGGUGACGUCAUCCCUCACGGACCCACGGCUCCUGUCCCCCCAGCAGCCAGCACUACAGAGGAACAGCGUGUCUCCCGGCCUGCCGCAGCGGCCAGCCAGUGCAGGGGCCAUGCUGGGGGGAGACCUCAGCAGUGCUAACGGAGCCUGCCCCAGCCCUGUCGGGAACGGCUAUGUCAGUGCUCGGGCUUCCCCUGGCCUCCUCCCCGUGGCCAACGGCAACAGCCUAAACAAGGUCAUCCCCGCCAAGUCUCCACCCCCACCCACCCACAGCGCCCAGCUUGGAGCCCCCAGCCGCAAGCCUGACCUGAGGGUCAUCACUUCCCAGGGAGGAAAGGGGUUAAUGCAUCACUUGACUGAGGACCAUUUAGAUCUGAACAAUGCCCAGCGCCUCGGGGUCUCCCAGUCUACGCACUCGCUCACCACCCCAGUGGUUUCCGUGGCAACACCGAGUUUACUCAGCCAGGGCCUCCCCUUCUCUUCCAUGCCCACUGCCUACAAUACAGAUUACCAGCUGACCAGCGCAGAGCUCUCCUCCUUACCAGCCUUCAGCUCACCUGGGGGGCUGUCGCUCAGCAACGUCACUGCCUGGCAGCAGCCGCCGCAGCCACCCCAGCCGCAGCCUCCGCAGCAGCCGCAGCCCCAGCCGCCCCAGCCACCCCAGCAGCCACAACAGCCACCUCAGCAGCAGCCCCACCUGGUCCCCGUGUCUCUCAGCAACCUAAUCCCGGGCAGCCCCUUGCCCCACGUGGGUGCCGCCCUCACAGUCACCACCCACCCCCACAUCAGCAUCAAGUCGGAACCAGUGUCCCCCAGCCGUGAGCGCAGCCCUGCGCCUCCCCCUCCAGCUGUGUUUCCGGCUACCCGCCCUGAGCCUGGCGACGGUCUCAGCAGCCCGGCUGGGGGCUCCUACGAGACGGGGGACCGGGAUGAUGGACGGGGGGACUUCGGGCCCACACUGGGCCUGCUGCGCCCAGCCCCAGAGCCUGAGGCUGAGGGCUCAGCUGUGAAGAGGAUGCGACUCGACACCUGGACAUUAAAGUGACGAUCCCCACUCCCCUCCUCUCCGCCUCCCUGAUGAAGAGUUGACAAUCUCACCGCCCACCCCUCCCUGUCCUGGGCUCCUCCUGCUCGACCCCCCACUUCCUUUCUUGUGCUCCGUGUCCUGUUGACGGUUACAUUUGUGUAUAAUUAUUAUAUUAUUAUUAUUAUUAUUAUAUUUUUUUUAAUUUGGAUUCUCGCUUUGGAGAGGGGGAUGCGCCCAUCCUCUCUUUCUGCACCCCCCGCCAUUUUCACUGGCUGGGAGGGGCUCUUUUUUGCGGGAAGGGGGGGACACUUUGCACGUUGUACACAUAUGCUGCAGGAGGGGUGGGGGGCCCGAUAGGCCUUGGGAAAGGACAGGCGCCGAGCCCUGCAUGCGGAGCCCUCCCACCCCCUCCCCCAGAUAGAGGGAAAUAACCAAAAAAACUACCAAACAACAGAAACCCCUUACAAUAGACUGAGACCCCAAAGUCGACUCAAUGAGUGGUUUUGUGUUUUAGGGGGAAAGUGAGGCAGAGGUUCUGAAAAGAGUCUCUGCUUCCGGGCUGUUCUUGUGGCCACAGGCACGUGGGGCAGAAUACCCAGGCCUGGGCCCCAACGCCCCUGUGCACGCGCACACACUUUCCCAUCCUCAUGUGAGCUGCACCUCCAAGGUGUGGAGGUGCUGGCCGAGCGAGCACCGGGGCUGGAAGGCUGCCUGGGGAUCGGGGCUGUCGGGGCGGGGUCUGAGGUGGGGCCCCCUGUGAAGCACAGUAGGAGAGAGACAGAGCCAUGAGCAGAGGGCUGAGGAGGGCCUAGGGCUGGGGCAGGGGGUGAGUUGGGCCCCCUCCCUUCCCCAGCGUUUUCUCUAAGAUAUACAGUGCAAUAGCUCCCCGUCCCUCAGCUGACACCAGCCCAGCAAAGCUGGCCAUGAAGUGCAGGGAGAACCGAACCGGGAGAGGGAGGUGGCUCAGCAGGAGACACCUCCGGUACCCUGGGGUGUCUAAGGACCGCAACCCCUUGCAUCCAGGGACUAGUGUGAGUGAGGGGACUCUCUCUUCCUUGCACGUACACAUCCCCAGAGGAGUGGACAUGGGCGUGGUGUGUGAGGGUGGGAGCGGGAACAGAGGAGGUCCGAAGGCCUGCCUCCCUUCUUCCCUCCUUGCCCCCCUCCUGCCCUCCUCCAGCUCCUUCCGCUCCUGACCCCCCCUCCCUGCUCUUGGCGCCCUCAUUGUCUCGCUACCUCCUGCCCCACCACCCCCAGGCCGCAUCCCACCUUCCCUCUUGGCUACUGUAAUUGUAAAUAGCAACCUUUGGAAAACGUUAGCAGUGUAACAGUCCAGGAAACUGUUUUUUUGUUGUUGUUGUAUUGAUAUGAAAUGAGAUUCUAUUUUUGUCAAAGUAUAUUGUAAUAAUAAUGACUCAAACGGCCCGUACUGUACAGACGAGAUUCUUCUGCUGUUGUUCUUGCUCCCCUCCCCUCCCCCCAAGUCCACCCUCUCUGCUGCCUCCCCAGUGGGGGCAGCCAAAGCGUGGGGUCCAGGGACCUCAGGCUGGAAAACAGAUCAAACUGGAGGGGGCAGGCCACCGGCCUGCAACCCACCACCGCCCCCUGCCUUCCAGGGCCUGGCCUGGGUGACGUGGCAGGCAGACAGAAGCCCAGCUCUGCCCAAGGGGUGCAGAAGGUAGAGUUAGGCAAGGCCCGGCUGGUUUUGUGGCAGGUGAGUCUCUGCCUGCCUCUGCGAUCCAGCCGCUUGCAGUAUUCCAACGCUUGGAGCAGGGAAGGAAACAGAAGUGGAGGGGUUCGUGUGACCGCACAGGUACCUGAGCGUGUUUAUGAGGGCACCUGGCAUUUACGUGUCUGAGUGUACCCUUGUAUUUAUGUGUGUGUGUAUGAUUGCAUGGGUGUUCCUUUGUGUCUCUGAGCCCGUCUGGGCAUGUAUGUGAAUCUCCGUGUGAAUUGAGCUCUGAGGGCGCACGCGCGUGCCUGUGUUUGUGUAUGUGCACGUGUGUGCCUGAGUGUGUGUUUACAGAGGGACAGAUGGCUCUUGCAGCCAUACAGCCCUGGCUUCCUGCUCUGUGACCCUCCUUUCUGAGCCCCACUCUCUUUUCUCUGCUCCAUCACCUGUUCCUACCCUCAACUCUAAUGUUUAUACUUCAGUUCAGGGGGAUCUGGCAUUGGCCCUCUUCGCCUCUCCCUGUAGCCCUACCUCUCCUGCAGCUCCACGCACAAUUGUCCACCCAGUGCCCACACCUUUAUGCACAGGUCCCUCUCCUGGAGUUCUCGCUUCCCCCCACCCCCAUCCUGCUUUUAGGAUGACGCUCAAAUUCUUCCUCUCUGAAGCUUUUUCCUUGCUGGGGCAGUCAUUCUUCUUUAUAGCUUACCUGCCCCCUGAACACCUGCCAGUUGGGCACACACAGCAUGCCCAGUUUUCUGCAGGUUCCUAGAGGGACUGUCAGGAAUAGAUGAGACUUGAUCAGGACCCUGAAAGAAGCCAGGGUGUAGCGCAUGCAUGUGUGCGUCCACAGAGCCUUGCCCAGCGCCUGGCACGCAGCCAGCGCUCAGUAAAUGCUGAGUGGGUGAAAGGUGAAUGAUAGGUGCUCAAUAAACGUUGAAUGGCUGGCCUUCCCUUCUCAGGCUAUUCCCGCCACCAGUCCACCCACCUUUCUAGGCUGGGCUUGGCCACUGUUAGACAUGGGAUGGGGGUGAGGGCCCCUGCAGUUCACGGUGCAAUAUUCACCAGUUUUGCCCUCUGCCUUGUAAUGGCAAACCUGGCUUUUGAUUACCAUGUGUGGAUGUGUAUGUGUCCUUUUCUUUCUAUUCCUGGGGGCAGGAGCUGAUCUGAUUGAAUAUGUGACAUUUCUGCAAGUCAGUAUCCCAAAGUUUCUCUUGGGGGUAGCGGGCUCCUGGCCAGCCCAAUGAGCUGGUCCUGAGAACCCAGAUCUCAAGUAGAGACUUCAUUUCUUCUUCCUCUCACAAGCCAAAUUUGCCUCCACCCACUCCUUCCUCCAAAGAUCUGGGCACUUGCCAAAGUAAUCACUGGAGUCAUCCAUUGCCCCUCCACUCCCCAGGUUUCCCACAGCUUUCAGGGAUAGUGGGCAAGAGGACCCCCCCCUUCAACACACACACACCCCACAAUGGAACACACCAUUUCUCCCCCCGCCCCCCGCAGUGCACUCAAUGCAGCGAGACUGACCCCUGACCUUUAUCCAGCCCUUCCCACCUUGAACAGGAAGGAAGUAAUGCACCUUCUCUUGCUGAUUAUUUAUUUGUUUGGAGAGACAGAAAUGAUGUAAAAGUGUAUCUAGAAAUAUCUAUAUCUAUAUAUUUUUAACUGACUCUUUGGAAUCCCCUGGGGUGGGGUGGGGGGUGCAGUUAGGCUUUCAUGGAGGAGAGGCGACAUGGAGCCUGGGAACGCCUCAUCUCCCGUCUUACCACCUCUCUCCAUCCCCUAAGCAGUUGGUAGAAGGAAUGGGAUUUGUAUGGGGGGAGGAGGGGCUGGAAUGUUAUAUGGAGAAUCUGGAUUCUCUCUGUCUUCCCCACUCAAGUUCCAGAGGGAAGGCAGGGAGGCAGAGGGAGGGGGAGACAGGCCAUGGAGGUGCCCCACCCCCAAACCCGACAAUCACCCACACUCCUGGGGCUCCUCCUGGGUCCUGGGCAGGGCGAGUCCAAGUGUGUGGCUGUUGAUUUGUUUUCAAUAUUUCUUUUCGUGCUGUAUGGUGAUGCUUUCUUAGUAUUCUACACAAUAAGAAAAGACAAAGUCCUCGAGAUUCUUAUGAGUUUUGUUUGAAAACUCUUUCACUAUAUUUGUUGUAAAGAGGUUUACUAUUAAAAGAAAAAGAAUACACGUUUCUGAUA